CUAACCAUGGCAUGGUGUUGUCAGUGCCCUAAUAACUGUUGUUAUUGUAAUAUUUUCCUGUUUUCAGAAACCUGUCAUGAAAUGUUAGCAAUGUUUAUGUCGGAUACACAGGACGCAAUAUGAAGAAUUAUUGACGUGAAAAAGCCUUACAGAUUAGAACUUUCCUAUAAAUUGGAGUAUUUGUUAUAGUUCAGAAAUAAAUUAUUUAUUUGACAUAAAUCGGUGGAGGAUGAUUGGCAGAAUUAAAAACAGAUGAUGAAUUGUACAAAGAAUCAAUAAAUACAAAAACGAUUUGUAAAGAUAAGAUGAUGCUCUGGAAACUGGUUUGAAUGAAACCAGCUUGUACGCCUACGGCAUCACGAUGAAUGUAUGUCGAUCUGGGCUCUCGUAAGACACAAUGGUUGUUUUUAAUAAUUACUCUACAGAAAACAUCGAAAAACAUCCCAUAAUGUUAGAUGAACAUUCAACGUGCCAAAAUGGGGUCACUUUACCAGAUUCAUCCGCCAUUGCGAAAGCGAUAGCCAUUUCUUUGACAAGUAUAUUCAUUAUUGCCGGUAACGUUUUGUGUCUUUGUGUGUUGAAUGCUCCACGAAGUCGAGGCUAUUUUCUGGAGACGUCGCGAAUGUUGAUGACGUCGUUAGCCUGUACAGAUUGCAGUAUGGGAAUUCUGGUGACAUCGUUGUGUAUUUAUCCAGCACUGUUUUCUUGUUGGCCAUUUGGUCAAUUUAUGUGUAAGGUACAAGCAGUGCUUCUCUCUAGUUUAUUCCAUGAAUCAACGUUAUCGCUGACAUUAAUUGCAGUAGAUCGGUACAUCUCUAUAUCGUUCCCGUUACGUUAUCCGUCAAUUAUAAAACGUUCUACCGUGACAGCAGCUAUUGUGUGUACGUGGUUUGGAUGUUUUAUUGUCUAUAGCAUUGUUGUGUUCGUAUAUGAUCAAUAUUACUAUGAUGUUAUAGGGGUAAAUUGCGAACCGCUAUAUGAUAAUAGUAAUAUGACCCUAGCUGUGAUGUUACUAUUUUAUCUACUUCCUGGAAUUAUUAUGAUAUUUUGUUAUAGUAAAGUAUUUCAUAUUGCCUUAUAUCAAAGAAGCAAACAACGAUCAAGAUCUCAUUCCACGGCCCAGACGAGAGGUAGGCGGUCUCAGAAUUUAUUACAUUUCCGAGCUACAAAGACACUAGGAUUAAUAACUGUAGGAUUCUUUGUAGCAGUAACACCAUGGACAAUAACUCAACUACUUGCUUCGCUAGCUCGAGUUGUCAUACCUGUGAACCUGGAUUUUGCCUUGACAUGGUUAGCAAUAAGUAACAGUGCCUGGAACGUUCUUAUAUAUGCGGUCACAAACGCGUCUUUCCGCAAAGCCACGCGUUUGCUUAUGUGCCAUAAUGUACGAUCUCACAGACGUGAUAGGGUUAAACUGCAAUAUCCACCUAGAAGUAGCGGUACCUGAGGAUAUAAACCUUAUAUUAAACCGGUGAACAUUAAAUCAAAGGGAAUAAUUUACGCUCAUUAUAUUUUAUUUCAAUUGAACCUGAGUAGCACUAGCCUACUAUACAUUGAAGAUAUGUGUAUUUUAAAACCCUGUGAAACUCAUCACAAUUAAAGGACAAUAUUUGCGUCCAAUAAUUUUACAUAAGUGAUAAAUUUGGUUAUACAGAUUUCAAUAUAAGUUUAACACAGAGGUCAUUACUGUCGGUGAACCGUGGCCACGGUUUGGGGAUUUGGGAACAAUUCGACAGAUAUCAAUUAUUUACUUUCGGACAGAAAGAUCCCGAAAUACGACGACUUUAUUAGUAGAGGCUGGAUAGGCCGGUAGAUCUGUGUAGCCGCUGGAUCAAACGAUAGCAGAUAUAACAGAAAUGUAUAAUCCCCAAUCAGAUUGGUUUAUAAUGUGUAUAUAUGUGUUUUAAGGACAUCUAUAUUCGUGUCACUAUAAUGAGCAAUUUAUCUAUAUAUUUUUCAAUUCAAUGUCUAAGCUAUGUAAAGCAACUGAUUUACCUUUAUGCGUUACUUCUGAAAUCUUCUAAUCGUGAAUACGGAUAAAUCAUAACAAAGAUCUCCAUACGCUAAAUUUUCUUUUUUGUUCAGAUUAUUACCUACUUUAAAACUCUGUAUAUCGCAGCAACUACUCUUGGGAUUGCAUUGAAAUUUUAGGCGUCGAUAAAACCAUUCUGUUAUGAAAACCAUUCUGGAAAGUCGGCACACAUCAGAAGCAUGCGAAUUCUUUGAAAUUGGUAACUUGGCGAGAGUAAUUGUUCUGGAAAAUUAUGCCGAUUUGGACUGUUGUUUGUAAAAACCAAAAUUUCAGUGUUAAAAUUUGUCUGAAGAAAACUACUCCAAGAUCUAUUUCAGGACCUGGUCAAUAAAGAUGGUCAGUAGUGACAAGCGCCCGUCGCCUGAUGACGACAACAAGACCACGAUAAUAGCAGUAUCAACUAGUUUAUUGUUACAGGCUUUGUUUGAACUGAUAUUCAUUUAGUUGUAACUAUGUUAUAUUUUAUGUUUUGUAUAUCGUUCAUCUUUUAAAAUAAUAUUCUCUUGUUUGAUAAGCGCAUCCGUGAAGACAAA